AUGUAUGCUGGCGACAAGGAUGUGGAUCGUCUGUCGGUAGAUUCAUCGGUCAAGGAUUUAAAAAAACUUGUCCGAAAAAUCUCUUCGCUCAGCAAGAAAGACCCCGUCCCGUCAUCUUGCCGCGUGACACCAUAUAGCACCACCAACGCGCUCCCCCAGAACCACAAGACUGCGUCACCUCUUCCUCCUCUUCCCGAAGGUGGAGAUGUCGAAGAGCGCGCAGUCAUCACCGAGGACACCCAGGUUCCCUCUCGACCUGAGAGCGAAGCCGCGGUUUCUCAUAAACCCGCGGCUUCCUCUGAAAAAGAGGUUGAAUCCGAGGCUUCGGAGUCCACGCAGUCCAUUCCUUCCGCCGUUUCCCCGAAGAAACGGAAAAGGGGUGACGCAGAAGGCUCUGGCACCUCCAAGCUUAGCAGCUCUCCCGUCGAGGAAGCUGCUCCAAGAAGCACUGCUCCUGAAGAAUCGGAACCCUUCAACGCCUAUGACGCUGCGCUUGUCAGCUCCGGCGACGAAGAAGAAGAAGAAGAAGAAGAACCCGCCGCCAAUGUGACUGCUCCUAUGAGCAUGUCUCAUACUUUGGCUUUGUCAGAAACACAGCGCACAGCGGAGGAAACCUCGACUCCUCAUCCAGAUAUUCAGAGGUCAACUCCUGCCACUAGCCCCCGAGCCUCUUCGCCAAAGAGGGCGAGGAUUGAGCUAGGCGAAGAAUUCAACUUUGCUGGCGAUUCAGCGACUCCACCUUUGGACGAUCCUCUGAUGAAGCCCUUCAUUAACCUUGGGGCCCAAUUUAUUGGGUACCGCAACACUUGUGAUGGAUUAAAAGAGGCUCUCCUUGCAGCGGACAAACGGAAUGAAGACCUUGCCAGCAAACUUAAGGCGAGCGAAGAGGCUCGCGAGAAGGCUGAAAAGGAUGCCUCUUGUAUUGAAGAUCUUCGAAAGAGGCUUCACGAAGCAGAGACUGCUCUAAGUGAAAAAAUCACUCAGCAUGUUGCUCGUGAAUGA